AUGGCGACUUUGGGACAGAACAACAAUAACAUACCACAAGGCGAUCAGGUCGAUCCAGCACAAGCCCAAGGAGCCCAAAUACCCCUCCAAACCUUUUCGCUCCCACAAUUUCCACCCCAAGCUGGUGGUCUUAGAGCCCUGACCUUGACCUCGGACAUCAAACUCGACGACUACCAAAGCCUGCUGUCGCAACCCUUUGUCAUUCCUCCGCUACCGCCUAACAUCGAAUCUCUAACUCUCGAACUUUUUACCUUGGGAUAUCCCGUGGGCUGGUUGAGUCAAUUAGCAGACCGUCUGCCCAAUCUCAAGAGCUUGGUAAUUUAUAGCCAACUCUUUGGCGGUGUGUCAAAAGAGUCGCAAGCGGAUGGUGUUGAGUUCUUCAGAAAGCUGCCUGGAUUGCGAGCAUUGCAUCUGCUUGAUGUAUUCGCCCAGCCAAAGUUUUUCGAGAGUAUUGGGCCUUACGUGACAUACUCUUCAGAUGAGGAGACUGCGCGACGAGGCUUGAUGUUCUUGGAACUCAACUACACGGUUCAGCAUUCCGAUCCAGAGUUCUUGAGCAAGAUUCAGGCGACGGAGCUGAGCAAGCUAAUUGGGCCUGGGUUGGUUACAUUGGCAUUCAAUGUCAGCGAAGCCGAUGUGACCGACGAUCCUGAGGAUCCAACAAACAACGCCGACAAGUCCGCCGAAGAAGCAGCAAAAGAUGGUGUGGUCGCGUUGAAUAGAACCCUCGGCUCUACUCUCGUCAAGGCUUUGACAAACGAAACAACACGACCAAGAGGUCUACGAGUAUUGAACUCAACACUAUUCACCUUGACCCCAAACCAACUGCGCACAAUCCUCGACCAGCAAAAAGCUCUGAUGGUUUUGAACGCAACCCUAGAAGUCGACAACCACGAAACCUUCAAGAAAGACUUACUCUCCAUUCUACCAUCGCAAGAAUACCUCGAGCAAGUCGAGAUUGUCGCAAACCCCAGUUUGCAAUUCUUCCUUGCUCUCCAAAAUGUCAAGCACAAGGCUUUCGAAAACACAUUCCCGUCGCAGACUGAAAUCGAAGCCCUGGGCGAGAAAUGCGAACGCCUCACAAGCUUCAAAGCCGAUAUCUUGCGCUCGAGCGCUAUGCAAACGAUCAAAUGGGAGAAGAAGGAUGACAAGUGGUCAGGUGGUGUCAAGGCUGCACAGACCGAGUUGAAGGUAGCAGAAGUCGAGUAG